GCAUAAAUAUAUUCCACUUCCUUUGCAAUCUGUACCACUAAGCUAAUUGAUUGACUUAUUGAAAGAAGUUCACUAUGUUGAACAACAAUCCUGCAUCCUUUCAGCUCAAAAGAUCCACCACAAUGGACCUCAUAAACCCUCCUCAAUCAACUCUCUACUCGGCAAAACCACCUCCACGAUCAGCUUCAUUUGGCCCAAGAGCAUCUCCUCACUGUGAAUUCCCAACCUCUCCACAAUUCUUCCUGGGAGAAAAAAUCUUUCAUUUCAAUCACCCACAACACCACUUAUCAGAAAUGGACUCCUCUGAACUCUUCACAUGUAGAGGCUGCAAAGAGUAUGGCUCAGGCAAAAGGUUCUCUUGCCAACAAUGCGAUUUUCAGCUUCACCGCUUUUGUGCUUCGGCCCCUCAGACUCUUCUCGGCCAUCCCUUCCACAUCCACCACCAGCUUAUUUUUCAAACAAAACCAGUUUAUAAAGUAGGGCUCGGAAAAUCAAGAUGUGAUGCGUGUAGCAAGACAAUCAAAGGUUACAAUUUCCGCUGCAUCGCAUGCAGCUUCCAGAUGCAUCCUUGUUGCGCUAAGCUGUCUAACGAGAUGAAUUUCGAUUCGCUUCAUCAACAUGCUUUAAAAAUUUUACCAGUGACGCCUUCAGCAAAUAAUGGUGAUGACGGACCUGCUUUUGUUUGCGGUGAGUGCAGGGGGAAGCGAUCAGGCAGAGUGUACAAGUGCUCAGUUCCGGCAUGCAAGUACUAUCUGCAUUUAGUUUGUGCUAAGAACAUGGUGAACGGGCUCCAUGCAAAUGAUAUUAAGAGAGUCGAUAAGCCGAGCAAGCUUGCAUCUGUAGCAAAGACUGCUUCUCAAGUGUUUGCAGAUUUCCUUGGAGGGUUUGUGGAAGGACUUGGAGAAGGUUUUGGUGAAGUCAUUGUUACAAAUAUGACAAGAGGAGGAUCAAUGGAUCAACCCAAUUAUAAGCGCUAAUUAUUAUGAUUCUUAUGUUGAUUUUAUAUGUGUGUGUAUGUAUGUAUGCAUAUGCUGCAGAUGUUGUUUAUAGCAGAUGAAGUUGAUUGGUUUGAAUCAAUUAUAUAUAUUUUCUCUUGUAAAUGAAAUCAAUGUAUUCCUGUUUGCUAUAAGAAUUCGAUAUGCUUGAGAAA